GCCGGCGCUGCCUCGGCUCAUCCUCAUUUCAUCUUUUGCUCUUUCCCUCUGCAGCAGCUGCCUCUGUGCUGCUCCUCUGAACUCCUCUUCGGAUAUUUAUAUUCCUUCCUGCUGAUCUAGGGCAAGAUAUGAAGCGGCGCCAUGGGUUUUAUGGAAUUCUACCUGGAGAUUGACCCGGUGACCCUGAACCUCAUCAUCCUGGUGGCCAGCUAUGUCAUCCUGCUGCUCGUCUUCCUCAUCUCCUGCAUCCUGUACGACUGCCGGGGGAAGGACCCCACCAAGGAGUACGCUCCGGACAACACGCCGCCGCCGCCCAGUCAGUCGCCCAUCCGCCUGGUCGUCAUGCAGAACUCGCCGGCCUCGUCGCGCUACGAGCCCAACAACACCGUGGCGAGUCACAGCGAGCUGCAGACGCCCGACCUGAGCCGGGAGCGGGCCGAGCGCGAGAAGAGGAGCACUCUGGUCUGAAGGAGGCCGCUCUCUGGACUCUCAACUCUCACUUUUACUUUUCCGAUCAAGAGCUGCUGAGCGAGGGUAUGCAGGAGGUAAGAGACCAGCAGGAGGAACUGAAACACACUGUGAGGGACUCGACCACCACUGCUGGAACAACAACUCCAAGAAGCUGACCUCCACCUGCAGCGACUUCAGCCCGAACCCUCGGAGGGACUCAUCCCACCAAACACACCCUACUGGACUCCUGCACACAGCUCAGAGACAUUAGCUGGUUUAAGACUAAAACUAACUGGGAUUGAGGAGUUGCUAAAGAAUAAAAGGUUCACAUGACGGAAAACAACAAGCUGGAUUAAAGAAGAGAGGACGUUGUGGUCAGCUGGCACCAACAUGGACACGUGCUAGGAAAGGACAGCGUGAAUAAUGUAUAAAGAAACAUAAAUCUGCAAAACAAAGCCGUGUGAGAGAGCCUGUACAUCUGUGUCGGGGGGGAUAGUGUGUAGACAUACUGGGUUCAAAUGCAGGAGGUGAGAAGUCAUUAUGUUUAAUCUAGAGUGAUUUGUAUGUAUAGGAGACUCGCAAACAAGCUAACAACUAGCCAGCAAGCUAACGUAAGUGUUGUCACUAGCCCAUGCUAACGCUAGCUUCAACAGAUUAGCUGAUGUACGCUUGGUUGCCCAGGUGUGGUGCAGCUCGUAUAGACUGCACUUUCUGUGCACUUUGCCGAUAGUUCCCCUCACAUCAAAGAGUAUUUUCAGAUAAUCGGCAUGAAGCCAUAAAAUGACCAACACAACAACCCUUCAUCGGCACCAAACUCUGAGGAUCGUAGUUUAGCUUGAUGAAGCUAAUUCAACACUUUGUAAUUACUAAUCAGUCGGACCUAUCUGAGAAUCUUCCCAGUGCACAGUUCCCAGUAGACAGUUUCCAGUGGACAGUUUCCAGUUCCCAGUUCCCGGUGCACAGUUCCCAGUGCACAGUUUCCGGUGGACAGUUCCCAGUGGACAGUUC